AUGAUGUCUGUCCCCCCAGACUUCGAGAGCUGGACACCCCUGCUAGCCGCCGCGAAAGAACGAAUCGAAAAGUACAAGCCCGCAGACCGUACCGACGACCAGCUCCUCCGACCUUCCCUCGAGGCCUUCCUCAAAUGGCUUCCUCGAGGCGGCCGAGAUAAUGUGGCGCGGGAUAUUUUCGAGGCGACUUCGGAUGACGCUCUUCACCAGGUCUUCCAAAAUCUUCUCCUUGGCCUGGCGACGCCGAGUAAGCUCACUUUAGGGGUGUUGGUGGCUGCGCGCGCCAGAUAUGAGAUCUCUCAGGAUUCGCCGGAGCCAUUGGAUUUCAAGCACCAAUCAGAGAAGAAAGAGUCCAAAUUCCGCGAUCUUGUUAUGCGCCGUGACAGCUUUUCCUGUGUUAUCACAGGCGACAUGGACACUGAGGCGUGGAUGAAUCUUGACAACCCAAUCGAUAUCCCCUACUGUACUGCAUUGGCUACCCAUAUUCUCCCGUUUUCGUUUGCGGCAUGGAACAAGUCAUUGGGGCUCCCGGAUAGCAGACUGAGUCCCUGGGAGCUUCUAUAUCGCUGUUUUCCCCGGCUUCGACGGGCGGGUCUCCGGGCUGAAACCAUCGACACCCCCUUGAAUGGAAUUCUCUUGCGGUACAAUCUCCAGGCUGCCUUCAAGCGGAACCAGAUCGCUUUCAAGUCGACAGGCACGGAAAACAGGUACGAGGUCAUUACCUUCGAGGGCUAUCUUCAACAGGACAGAAGACGCUUGCCCAACAGUGGCCUCGUGGUACUUCGCCUGCCACUCGAGGAGGACGGUAUGGAAGAAUUGGACCUCCCAAGCCCGGCCAUCUUGGACUGCCACUGGAGACUGGUGGAGAUUCUCAACGAAACCCGCAUUGCGCCUGCUCUUUGCCGUCACUUCGAUGAGUGGAAGAAUCUGAAGAAAACAUACCACGGACUCGCGGAGGAUGGCAGCACGGAUGCGGCGAAGUACGUGCGCGCUGGUCUUUGGGGAGUCGGGGAUGGCGAUGUUAGUUUUGCUCAAAGCCACCCGUGGACCUAG